AUGCCUACUCUCUAUAAAGGACCCAAGAUUGCUGUUGUGGUCCAUCCCUAUAACAACGGAGGGUCUUGUCGUUUAACUCUAUGGAGAAUGUCCAACCCAUAUGCAGCGGUUUAUCCCUCCAUAUCUGAUGAAACUGGGAUAGAAAUAUCUACCUUUCUCCCAAUCCCAUCAAGAGGUCUGAUGUCUGUCCUGCCGCACCCAUUCUACCAGUCAUGUUUCACACCUGGCACCGCCCGUGCGGAUCUCAGGCAGCACCUCCCGUGCACUUCUGACGUUCCAUCCCCUGGCUAUGGGGAAUACACCGUGCGCUUCUAUCAGGCUGUUCAUAUGGCAAUGAGUUCGGUCGAAAGCUCCAAUCCUGUGGUUUCACAACCGGUGAGAUGCUUUGCUCCUGUGCGUCAGCUGGUAGACCAGAUGUACCAACUCGGCGCAUGCUGA